GCGGGGCUGUUGCUAUCAAUAUGGCGGUUGUCAGCCAGACAAAGACAGUCAGUCGGCUGUGAUUGAGACAAGGGAGGUUUUCAGGGGGAGACUGGGAGAUAGGGGCCUCCCCUCCCCCUUCUCCUCUUCCUGUGUCGGCCUCAACCCCUCCCCAGUCCCUUCCCGACGGGCGCCCCACGCGGAAGACAGCCCUCCCCCUCCCGUUUCCCCUCCUCCCCGCCUCAGCCCUUCGUGCUGGGACGUUGGGGAGGGGGCUGUGCCGGGCGCGGAGAACUCCGCGAGGAUCGAAGUGGCCUGGAACUGAUCCCACAAUAUCUCCAAGGUCUUCCUGUGUUCUUACUGAAUGAAGUCUAUUGGCAUACGUUAGAUUGCCACUGAAUGGUAAUUAACGCUGAUCAUCUCUAGAAAAUAUAUUGAUUCACCUCAUGUAAAGUAUGCUCAGUUCCUUUCCAGUGGUUUUGCUGGAAACCAUGUCUCACUAUACAGAUGAACCCAGAUUUACCAUAGAGCAGAUAGAUCUGCUUCAGCGCCUUCGGCGUACUGGAAUGACUAAACAUGAAAUUCUUCAUGCCUUGGAAACUUUGGACCGUCUUGAUCAAGAGCAUAGUGACAAGUUUGGAAGGAGGUCCAGCUAUGGAGGAAGUUCCUAUGGGAAUAGUACCAACAAUGUUCCAGCAUCUUCCUCUACAGCCACAGCUUCCACACAGACCCAGCAUUCGGGAAUGUCACCAUCACCUAGCAACAGUUAUGACACCUCCCCACAACCUUGCACUACUCAUCAAAAUGGAAGGGAGAAUAAUGAGCGAUUAUCCACAUCUAAUGGGAAGAUGUCACCAACUCGCUACCAUGCAAACAGCAUGGGUCAGAGGUCAUACAGUUUUGAAGCCUCAGAAGAGGACCUAGAUGUUGAUGAUAAAGUGGAGGAAUUAAUGAGGAGGGACAGCAGUGUGAUAAAAGAGGAAAUCAAAGCCUUUCUUGCCAAUCGGAGGAUUUCCCAAGCAGUUGUUGCACAGGUAACAGGUAUCAGUCAGAGCCGGAUCUCUCACUGGCUGUUGCAGCAGGGAUCAGACCUGAGUGAACAGAAGAAAAGAGCAUUUUACCGAUGGUAUCAACUUGAGAAGACAAACCCUGGGGCUACACUAAGUAUGAGACCAGCCCCCAUUCCAAUAGAAGACCCGGAAUGGAGACAAACACCCCCCCCAGUCUCUGCCACGUCUGGCACCUUCCGACUGCGACGAGGGAGUCGGUUUACCUGGAGAAAGGAGUGCCUGGCUGUCAUGGAAAGCUACUUCAAUGAGAAUCAAUACCCAGAUGAAGCAAAGAGAGAAGAAAUCGCGAACGCUUGCAAUGCAGUCAUACAGAAGCCGGGCAAAAAGCUGUCAGACCUGGAACGAGUUACCUCCCUGAAAGUGUAUAACUGGUUUGCAAACAGACGGAAGGAGAUCAAGAGGAGAGCCAAUAUUGAACCCCAAGACAGGAGAGCUGCCCAAUCAGUUGAAGCAGCAAUCCUGGAGAGUCAUGGGAUAGAUGUACAGAGUCCAGGAGGCCAUUCCAACAGUGAUGACGUCGACGGGAACGACUACUCAGAGCAGGACACUUGGCAAGUGCGCAAUGGGGAGGAGGAGGAGGGAAGAAGUUCAGAGGGAGGCAGAGAAGCAGAGAAGGAUGACAGCACUAGCCACAGUGACCACCAAGACCCCAUCUCGUUAGCUGUGGAAAUGGCAGCAGUCAACCACACCAUCCUGGCAUUGGCCCGACAAGGAGCCAGCGAAAUCAAGACAGAGGCCCUGGAUGACGACUGAGCAGGGACGGUCGAACACAAGAGGUUACCUUAGUGUAGAUGUAGCACCUUAGCAGACUUUCCUCGGUCCUUAACAUGUGUUCUUACAGUAUAACUUGCAGUUUUCUUGUAUGUCAGUUAGCCGUUAGGGUCUUGUUCUGUGAAGAUGGCAUGGUGCCCUCAGCCUUUGCAUAUACUCUCUCAGUAUUAAUUCCCAGUAAAUAAUAGCCAACCGACUGACCGACCAAACUCCCCUCUCCCAGCCCUCAAGGCUAGAAAAUCUCGCUGCUCUGUCUUAGCAUUCCAGGAAAGUGCUUCCAGGUAUAUAGAUAGCCCUCAGUUCUCCAAUAUUAGGCUCCGUGUAACCUUGGGUACCUUUGGAUUCCUGUAACACUAGGCUGUACUCCUUUUCCUUCCCCAAGACCGAUAGGCUGCAAGCUGAGGCAGUGUGGCCCAGAAUGGACAGACAUCAUUUGGGGAGUAUGCACAGAGUAGAAAGAACACUAGAGCCCCACUUCAGCGUGGGAGUGCCCGAUUCCCAGCUGCAAUAAGCCGUGCCUCCUAAUAGCCACACUGUGGCUACACCACACUUCUUUCUGGGUGCUGUGCCAAGAAUGUCAGGGGAGAAACUCCAUCUCAGAUUUUGGUUGAUGUUAACAUGCCUGACACAGACAUCCUUUCCUCUCACAAGCUGUGUGACUGAGUAGAUAAAAUACUGCCUUCUGCCUUUGGGACCAUGAUUAAAAUAAACAAAAAAAGAUUUUUAAAAAAGUCAUGAAAAAAAAAAAAAACCCCAGCUUGAGAGCAUUGGAAAAAAAAAAAUCCAUGAGCUGAAUGACUCCUGGAUGUUAAGUCCAGGUCUCAGAACCACUGUCCCUUAUGUGGCACAGGUGUCCCGCCUGCCUGCAAAAGCACUGGAGGCCACCACGGAAGCUGGCUUGCCUCCUGUCUAUGUCCCCUUUCCCGCUACCAAAAAAAGAGGCUAAGGUCAAAACUGAGUGAAUGCAUUUCCAGUCUUUGUGUCCAUUAAGUAAAGCCCCCUCAGUUUGAGAGGUCGGAGCAUACUUUAUAGUGGGAUUCUGCUGACCAACCAUCACAAAUGCAAACACCCCCCUAAAUGGGAGCAGACAGAAGCAGGGGACGUUUGCUGCUUCCGUGGUGGGUCUGUGAGGUUCCACAGGAUAUGACUGCUUUGGUGUUCUCUUUACCCUGUCCUUGUAGAGGUGUGAAAAGCUAUAUUGCUAUAGGCAAUUUAUUUAAUAAUUGGAAGCCAUAUUGAUAAUGGAUGUGGUAAUAUUUGUAAAGUUUAAUCAACUUUAAGCGGCAGUAACUAAUGGGAUUUUUUUCCUUGAUCACGUAUGUAGCACUUUUGUUACUUUUUAAAGAUAUUUAUAUUUGAUAAAUCUGUUCUUCAUUUUGAGAACUCAAAAUACCAAACAGUGAACUUGCGUUAUAAAGUCACCCUGUGAUCACCUUGUUAUUUAGUAGCAAAAUGAUUAACUAUUCAUGCAUCAAAGAAAAUUACAUCUGCUGGCCUUGUAUGAACAUGAUCUAUUGGUAUCGCAAUUAGAUGACACGCUGUCGCCAUGGGUAAGAGGAAACGGCCUUCACUAUAGCAGCAUAGGUGCGUUGGAGGCGUGACUGCUGUGUGUCGGCCUUGUUCCGUCUCUCCUUUCUGCCCACAGGGGACCCUUGUGCAGAGGGGACAUGGGGCUGGCCAUUAGGUAGUGCUUCUGUCUGUUGAUCACCUAAAAAUGAUUUCCAAGAUGGGAGGAAAGUGCCAUUUCCUUACCUCCCCACCCCUCUUCCCCACCCAGUGUAUUCCACCUAAAACCACUGAGGGAGCCUGGGGCUUACUCACCUUCUUCAUGUCAGCUUUCUUGCUAGUGAGAUUCUGAGUAUCCGCCAGUUCAGCUGGUCUGACUCCACUCGAGGCACAUGCAUGUGAGGCACGUGCUGAUGGACCGUCUCCUGUGAAUCCUGCUUAUAUCAGUGUGGGAGCCUUUGCGAGGGCGGAAGUGCCACCGUAGGUGGGUCUGUGAUUUUAAAGAGCUCUAGGCGGGGCCUGCGCCUGCCCUCGUCCAUGGAUUUCAGAGGGAAAAUGUGUAUACUUUUUCCAGCUAAUAAGCAUUGAAGUAAAAUGGAGUCGUCUUUUCUGUUUUACUGUAUUACUUGAACCAACAAAUUCAAGAGUACCAUUUGUUAUUCUCAGGAAUGAUUCCCCCCACUCAUUUUCUUUCUUGGUGUCUUUGAUUUUAUUUCAAUUAGGAGAUUGUUAUCUUUCUUUCCUUUUAAUAUUACUUAGAAGAAAUACAACAUAUUGUAUCUAUCCAUUUCAGUGGAAGUUUUGUCUUUUUCUUGGUUGAAUCAGAAAGAAAAGCAGAGAGAAAAACACACUGACAAGCUACAUCCAUGAUUUAUUGUAAGGAGAUUAUUAUAAUUGAUAGCUUCUCUAUGAUGGGAUUGCUGGUAUCAUUUGUUCUUGCUGGUCUUUUUAAAGAAACAGACUCAAACUGUUAAGACAGCUGCAGUUUCUAUAGAAAUACAGUGAUUGCCAGAGAAGAGCUAAAAGGUUUUUCAUUGUUUUAAGACCUUUAAGGAAGGAAAAAGGCUUCCGUGAAGGAGCGUGUGCAGGGGUGGAGGCAGCACCAGGCCCCCUCCGCAGUGUGGGGGAGUGGGAGGGUGUGCCCGCCCGCGCUGGAGAGGAGAGCGCCACACGCGUUCAGGAGGAGCCCCACGGAGGAGGCUUCCCCCCAGAAUUCUGCUUUAGUUAAGGAAGACUGCCGGCCCGCCCGGAAGACCCACCUGCCUUACAUACAGCUGUUGCUUUUUCACCAGAAGUAGAAACUUGGUUUUGGGGGGCCUAGAUUUAACUGUACCGUUGGUUUUUUUGUUUGUUACCAGGUUCAAUUCCACUGUUUUGUCCAGGCUACCUUAGUUCUUAGGAUGGUAUAUAGAGUUGCCACUGUCUAAUCUGUAUCUGUAAUAUAUUUGAACAGUAAAUUUUUUUCUUACGCUUUUUCAGGUUUGAGAGGUGGUAUUAAAAUAGAAACUCUAAACUGCUCUCUUACGGAAAAAUAGCCAGGCUCUUUAAAAAAUCCUGUUCUGUGCUUUUUGGUUGUUCUUUCUUCUCUGACUCAUGCUGUACUUUUCUUCAGGCCUCAGAGGACUACUUCAGGGUCUGCUCUGCCCCUGGGGAGACCCGCAGCAUGGUGGUGGUGGGGAAGUGGGGGGCUUGUCAGCAGUUUAUGUAACUUGUCUGUUGUUAUUUUUUAAAGACACUUUGGUCGAAUUACUAUAGUCAUAUGGGUAAACUUCGUACCCUACUUAAAAUAUAGCCUUACACAGGAGCCUGUUAAAGACAGACCAUCCUAAUGAGAUUUCUGCCUCGGUUGCACCCUGACAUCAGAUGAAAGGCCAGGGAGGGCAGUCGGUACCAACAGGAUGCCUCCAUUUAUUUCAGCAGCUUGUAAGUGGGAGUCACUCCUUAAGGCAGUUUUCUGCAUCGUCAGGAUCCUGUAAGUGGCUGACAGGUGUGCUUAGCCGCCCCCUACCUGCGGGACCUGGACGGACCUGCACACUGUCAUUUGGUGGGACCACCCCUUCCCCCAUGUCCCGUAUUUCCUCACAGGAAAGAAGAUCCUGGGGCAGAAAGAGCCCUAUAAGGCGGCUCUCUAGGUCAGUGCAGGUGGCCGCCUACGAGGAGGUGAGUCGGCGGCGGCUGGGCCUCUGCUGGGCCCAGGCACCCGGUGCCCUUGCCCCCGAGGGAGUGACGCCUGAGGAGCUCGUCUCCACGGCUGCCUCAAUCCUCCCACUAGGCUCCUCGGUACUGGUCUCCCUCUCGGAUUCCAACCGUCAGGCGCCAAGUGGAAACACGCGCUCACUUACAGGGGCCCUCCAGCCACACCGUAGGCCUGCGCUGAUGCCUCUCCGCCCCCUGCCUGGCGCUGAGGCCCGGGCUGAGCCGGCUGCCCUGCCCGACUUGCUCAUCUCCGCAGCUCAUGGGGUGGGUGUUGGGCUCCAGCUCUCCAUACAAACAGCCCUGCCUGUCUGGCAGCCCACCUUUUUGACCAGCUACGUAUUCCACUGACCAGCUACAUUAUCUCCGCCCAUAACAGGGAAAAGGUUCCUUUUCCGUGAAUGGUCCCCCACCCCUGUCCUGAAAAUGUGAACUUCAAGUCCUUAUUCUCUUAGUCUUAAAAGGGUUCGGUUUAAAGACUGCCUUUAAAAUUGCUCUAUCUUCUUUUGCUCAGAGAAUAACCAGAGUUAUUUUGUCCCCAGUGAGUCUUAACAGAUUCUUUGGCAAUAAUUUGUCUCGUCGUUGGUGAUCUUACGCUCAGUAGCAGCUAGUCCUGACUCCAUGUUGUGUGUUGCUUUUCCGUGUCGGUGCAUCUGCGAUUUACAUCAGAGCGGUGAUAGAUCGUGUCAUUCUGCUGUUGUGGUUAUUAGUGAUGUUGCACUGCUGUGGUCACAGGGGCUGCACCGAAGCCAGCCGGAUCCAUUUAUAGCUUUACUGAGCCGGACUUGCUUGUCAGGGUUUCCCAAGUGGAUUGGGCACAUUGACCAGCUCCCACUGGUGGCAUCUUUGUGGGGCUUGAGGUGGAGUGGGGAGGGGUGGGGACGCAGCGGGCAGGGGUGGGAACUACAGAUAAAACGUUCCUUCCUGUGUACUCCCUAAGGAGCAGGAUGUUCACUCAGGAUUUGGAGAUCCAUCGUCAGCCAUGUGGAACUUGGCGCACUGGGCGGCAUGUGCUGAAGGCCCUCGUCAUCUCAAUGUCCGUGCUGUCUACUGCACGUUACUCAGUGAGACCUGCAUUACCAGUUUAAAGGUGUCAUGUCCCCACAGGGAGAACAGGUUUUCCCUAGGAGGCAGCUCAGGACAGCCAGGUGGCCCUGUAAGGACCCCCUAGUGGGAGCCCCCAGAGCAGAGGCCCCUUGCUUUCUGUGCUGGGGUCUCCCUCAUUGUAUGCUCCUCUUUUCAGAAGGUGACUGUCACUUAUGAGGAGAGAUUUCCUUCCCUCUCUCGGAACUACCAUACUGAGGUGGUGAGAAAGGCCCUUUAAAUGCAUAAAGUCUCUAGGUCUGUUCCUAUCACGGCACCUCCGCUCGCGAACUGACUGUGACCAGAAAGACUGUCCUUAAUUCUCUAAGUGAUAAGCUACUGCUCCUGCCACUGAGAGGCCAGUGGUCGUAGGCUCACUGAUCUCUAAAGUGCAGCUCUGUUCAUCCAUGUGUAUUCAAAGCUGGGAGUUUAUAAACUGAGAAGUUUCUAUAUCAGCUUCAUUAUUCUUUCUUGGUGGGGAUAGAGAGCAGCAGAAAGCUAGCUAAUGAUCUGAGGAAUCCAGUUUCCUGGAACAUGGUUUUCUUUUGUAAUCAAGAGGGGAAUAAAUAUAGGAGAGAAGAGAGGGUAAAGUCAGCUGCACCCAAGGACCCCUCCGUCCCCUUCUUAUCGCCACCCAAGAACCCCAAGGAUGAGGUAGGCGCUGUGGGAUUAUAUGUGUGCACGUUUCUGCACUUCUUGUUUGUCAUGCUUCAUGUGACACUUGGGGCCAAGCAAUGAGCAGAAAAGUACAUCUACUUGCUAACUAGCAUUUUCACACCACUGAUGGUUACCCACACGCUUCCCAGCCAUUAGCUCCCAAAGGAUCCACCUGCCGGGGGCUUUGCCCUCCUCCUGGCUUCCCUUGUACUGGGCAUGUUCCCAGAUCGGCUUGCCCCAGUCUGGACAGCAGUCUCAUGCCUGGUGGGUGUUGAGCCCCUGGUGCAGCCAGUCAGGGGGCAGCCGCUCAGCGCACACUGUCACCACACUUGCACAGCAGACCUGGAGGCAUGAUGCACACGGCUCUGCUCCUGGCUCCACAUUCCUGGGAUGCUGGCUCCUGUGACUCCAUUUUCAUUUUCUCUUUUAAAUAGAAGUAGCUCUGUUCAGCCAUAAUUAACUCUGAGAUUCACACGGUGUGCUGUGAUCAAAUUAAGGUUUGCCUGAAUCCUUUCAAAGUGUAACCAUGGAAAUGAGGGGGGUGACAUAGAAUGAAUAUAUAAAAAUAUAAUGACAAUUGUUCUGAAUGACUGAACGUCCUCCUGACAUGUAAUUAGCUGUUUUAGCAGGAUGUAGAUUGGCAUGGUCAUAAUUAAAAGGAUUUCUGUCCUUUAUGUGAUUGGAAAUGGCAGAUCUCCCAUUUCCCCAUCCCCUUUUAGCACAACACAAAUGCUCCCAGGAACAUUCGGAACAGCAGCUCAGUAAACUAAAAUAAUGAUAUGGUGUCCUUGUCCUCUCCUAAGUGAAAGAGAGUGACUUGGAGCUGUUUCAGCUUCAGAACGGAAGCCUUUGGUCAUUGCCCCCUGUGGGACGCCUCGGUUAUCUGAGAACUCUCUCCCCCCUCAGCUUCAGCCAGAAUCCCACACUGGGUCAGUCGGUGAGAGGCCUCGAUGACUCUGUCCUGCUUGCUAGCCAGCCAGUAGUGUGUUGGCCUGACUUCAGGACGUUUACUGUCUCAUGAGCUCCCUCGCGCAUUAAAUGUUUCCUUGGUUAUCUGAUAUUUCCAUUGUGAUCACCAUCAGAAGUAUUUGUCAGAUGGGUGUUUAUACAUGAGUUAAGAAGGGUUUUCCUCAUUGAAUCAUGAUCUAGAGCAGAUAGCAUGACAAACACAUAAACCAACACAUACGGGCUUUGGGCUUUGCACAACUGGGUGACAUACACACUGGUGUGUGCAGUGCCCAGUGUUCCCGCAGCAGCGGGACGCGUGCAUGUGCCCAGGUCUUCCCACACAGCUCUGCACAGUGGCCUGUGCUUCUUGGGGUUUGCCCCACUGCUCUGCUUUGUUGGGGAUUGUCUCCCCAGCCCUUCUAAAUCUGUGUUCUGUCCCUCCCACUUCUUCCCUCCUCUUGCGCCCACCCCACCCACUGAGCGUCUGUGCGGCCGCUGCCCAGGAUGCCCGCUGUUCUCGGCCCAGGCCUCAUGCCGGUGCAAGCUGCUGUGUCACUGUCUAGCCUUCCUCUAGCGUGUGCUGUUUGGAUGUCUCCGUCACUUGAAGAAGUCUUUAUUUAGUUUUAUGAUCAAGGGUGAGUCUGCACCAACGUAGUGCCAGGUGGCCCUCCAUGAGCUGCCUCGUUCCCGUGAGGCCCCCAUGUCUUUCUUCAGGUCUGGACACUCCAGGAUUGGUUAGUAGCCACUGAAGGAAAUACUUGUGUUCCUAUUUUGAUGCUGUCCUUUCCCAGGUCUUUCCCACUCUCCCCUAUCAGGAGGAAUCCAAAUGCAAAUGCUGAAGUUGAGGUUCGGGAAAGCACCGAGAUAGGCUGCUGCUUUGUGACUGUCCUCUCCCCCCCUCCCCCGAGCACACACACACCCAGUGGGAAGGGUUUUGCCUUGGGGUUCUUUUAUUUUUGUUCCUCUCAAAACACCUACAGUCAACUGUGUGGUAGUUGGGCUAGAUCAGGAAAAAUAAUACCAAAAAGGUUUUUACUCAGUGUCUCUUCCUGUAAGAUCUAAAAACGACUGUCAGCCCCACCCCCACCUCCACCGCCUGCGUUCAGAAUACAUGUGCUGCCCUUGAGGCUCUGCGGGGGGCAAUCGGUCUGUGACAGUUGGCAUGAUUGUGGAUUUAUGAGUCCCAAAAGCAGAGUGUCCUAUCCCUUUUCUUAUUUUCCCAGCUGCUGAAAGAUAACUAUCUCAAUUAGAAUUGAGAAUCUGUCUUUUAAGAUCAGCUAUUCUGAGAAUGGACUGGAAUAUAAUUCUGUGAUUGGUGAGACAUGCAUUAAAACAGCCAGCUGAGCAUUCUGAUUAUCUGCUUACAUUCAAAGAAAAUAGAAUUAUCACUGCAGUUUAAACCUUCUAACAGUCUACUACUCUAGGGAUCAAAGUAUUAGAUGCACUGCUUGAGGGAUGAGGCUAUUUAAGAGGAACUGGAGUUGGUAGAUAUUUCCGUCCCCAGGUGUUCCCAGAGGCCACUUUGGUGAUUCAGAAAACCCUGCACCAUAUAUUCCUUUACCACAAGCAGCUCCUGCCAACAUAGAAAAGAAAGCCAGUCACCAGAAUCAGUGAAAAUAUAGGUAGUGCUUACCUGUGAAAUGUGUAUUUUGGGGGAGAAAACACCAGAAGUUCUUGCAAGAAACUAAAGUUGGGAUCAUUGUAGGCCAGCACCGUGAGACAGACACCCAGACCUCCGGGAGCGUUUGAAGCUCGUCCUAACAGGGGCGCUUGCUGAGCACGUGCUGUGCACCAGCCACUGGGCUGAGUGUUUUCACGGUCUCAUUUAUUGUUGAAGAUUCAGAGAACCUACACUGAGCAGGACCACUUCCAUGGAGGCAGGGCAGGUUAAGUCCUGCUUCUUUCACCUUUGGUAGGAUGUUGAUAAGAAAGCCCUACAUUUUCUCCCAGAACAGUGCUGGGUGAUCCCUGCCGGCGUGUUGUCACGUGACUGCCAUCCUGCUCUGCACUUGAGUCCUUCUGACACUGGCCCCAUGUCAGCGCGAUGAUGGAGACCCCAGAACGUCCCCUCCCCUCAGUGAUGCUGACAGAAGCGCCUCCCUCCCGCCCCCCUCCAGGAGGUGAACGCGGAGGUCUUGUCUUGUACUGGGAAGAAAUGUUACACUAUCUUGUAGUCUGAGGUCUGAGGGGAGCUAGAAUUUACUAGCACUCCUUGAGUGUGGUCACAGCUAGUGGAGGCGGAGACUGUGAAGACUGCGUGCUUCCCAUCCUCUCUCUAUUCAGCUCUUGCAGCAUUUUUCUCAGUGCUUGUUAUUUACGCAUCCUGCUUGGUUUACAAGUAUGUUUUGCAAAGCCAUUCCAACUCGUCUGCAUCCUGUCCUUCACAGUCAUGAGCGGCCGCAGGGCUGGGCCAGGACUGGUGGGGACGGAGGCUCUGGGGUCACGCUGGGGUCGGCCUCGCCCUGCGCUCUGUGGCUCCUUAUGAGCCUUAGGUGGCCGGCAAGCAACAGCUGCCUGGAGACAGAGCUAGACUGUGGCUCAGUGAGAACUUUCUACCCACAGUCCAGCAGAGGGGUGAGCCUCCUGCCUGUCCUAUGGCUUGUGACUGUCGUCAGGGACAUGGGCUCUGAGCUGACCUGAGGACUUGACUAAAACUGUUUUGAUUCCCCUUCUCCAGCUCUUCCUCUCAGCAGUCAGUGGUUCAUCAGUGGUGGGCUCUGUCUCUGUCUCUCCUGUCUGCCCUGCCGCGGCCCAGGCACCCGGGGACAGGCCUACCAGGGAGACUCCCUGGGAUUCGGGUCCCCUUACAGGUACCUUGUUUCAUUAGCUGCCUGAUGGGACUGAUUCUCCACUCCCCCAACAAAAACCCACCGUGGGGUGAAGGGAGGAAGGGCGGGGGCCUCCCGCUCAGCUGUUGGUGCAGAUCCGGGGUGUCCGGCUGUUGGAAUGUCAGAAUGCGGACUCCUCCUGGCCAGUGGGACACAGUCACACACCCGGGUUCCCUUGGUGACUUCUCUGGCUUCCCCUCCCUUCACAGCCAAGUGUAAAUCUCAGCCUUGUUUUCUUGCUUCCUCUGAGCACAGAAACCUCUCCCUGUUUUUGCUUUAUUAGAACCCGUUAAGGGUCCUUUUCCCACUUCGUCAUCUAUAGAUGCUAUUAAACUGGAAACAAAACGACAUUAAUGCUAUACUGGUGUAAACAGCAGCCAUGCUAGUGAUGCUGCUCUGAGGUCUGGGUUCUGGGCCAGAUUCGGAGGGGCAGAGGUGGCGGGGCAGCGGCGAGGUGGGUGGGGUGGAGGUGAGUGCCCAGUAGUGGCUCCUGUCAGGAGCAGCGUUGUUACUUGCCUUGAAAACUACAUUUCAUGAAGUGGUCCAUGAACCACUUCAUAUGCGUCUCUGAGGGUGGGCAUCACGGAAACAAACCAAAGUUACGGGGGGGCGGGGGGUGCUGCUCUUCACGCAUCAGUGGCGCUGGCCAGGCUUCUCGUUAUUGCUCGCUGCCUUCGCCAGAACAGUCCUCUCGGAAGGGCCUCCUCUUUUCCUAGUUGUUCUCACACUAAUAAUAGCAAGUUCUGUGGCCAGGAGCCCAGAGAGGCUGCUGGACUCUGUGCCCUCUGGUGGCCUGGUCUGUAGGGUCUGGAGAGAGAAAGGCCUCGGCAGGCACAGCGGGAUGCACCUCCUGCCCCACGACACCAAGAACAUCGCAGUUGCCUCCCCCGGAAGAGCCCACAGCCUUCCCGCUUCCCCAUGGGCUCCCCUUCUGGCCACGGCCACAGUCACGUGGGGUGUGCAUACCUUCUGAAGAUAACAUUUCCAGUCCGUUUUUUUUAAGUGCCUAAGCAAGUUACAGGCCCCUGGAACCUGCCAGAGAGUCGGCCUGUGCCCUCCCCGUCCCCUCCCUGCCCGUGGUCCUGGGGUGACACGGGUGGGCCCCCUCCGGGCCCCAGGGUUCUGCGGGCAGAACCACCACAAGGACAAGCACGUACAGCCGCUGGCCUCCCUCUUGCCGCGCUCCCUUCCGAGGGUCCUGCUGGGGGGCUGUGGUCUAGUUCUUGAGCAUGCUGAUGCUAGGCCGGCCUGCGGCUCCUGGGCGUGGAGAGCGAGCAGGGCGGCCUUGGAGCAGGCCCCGCCUCUGUCAGCAGUGGGGCAUCGGAUGCAAGAGGGCAGAGAGCCAAGUGACCAUGGCCACAAACAUGCACUUGCUGCCGUCAGUCACCAGACCCCGGCUGCCUCCUCUGGUCCUCCUCCGAGGCCCGAGGGGCCCGGGUUGUCUGCUCACAGGGCGCACAGGUCCCUCCUCCGUAGGGGUGCAGCAAAGGUGCGGCCUUGAAAGUGAGUGUGAGGUUUGCUGUUUUUUGAAAGUCAGACCUAAAUUCUGGGCCUUUAUUCUGAGUUGAAAUACGAGGAUUCUGCCGUGGCUGCAGUCUGUUCGUGAGCCGCGUGCAGCAGCACUCGGAUGAUUUGUGGAGCAUUACACGGUUUGCAAAACAGAACAAUCCAUAUCCAGGCACUUUAUUUUCAUUAAUAAUCCAGCAUUUUUGUUCAGACAAUGGAAUAACCCAAACUGGGCAAUCGUGUUAACACAGCCGGGCAGGUCUGCCAGAGACCUGGCUGGAGGAGGGAGGCAGGUGGGUGGCAUAGCCAGUGGCUCCAUGGAGAGGAGAGGCUGGCCUCCUUGGUGGCCCGCACCCUCUGCUCCCUAGGAGUCACCUGGCUCCCCACGUGCAGGUUUCACAGGGGCUGCCAAGCGCCUGUCAGCUGCGCAGCUGUGACUGUGGAGAGGAGAGGGUCGGGGACACAGGGAGCUGGGGGACAUCAGUGUGCCUCCCAUAAGGGCACCAGCACCCAGCAGGCUCCGGGGGGAUUGGGCACCAUGGGCCUGAUGCCCCGGGAAUGUCCGCAGGUCUUCAGCAUCCACCAAAUCCCCGCGAGUCCCUGUGACAGGCGGUCGGGGCCCCUGCUGUGGCUGCCGUGUGUCUUAAUCUCAGUGUUUCCCUGUGGCGUCUCCUGGUCUCUGUCCCCCAUCUCGUGCACCAUGGGUCCCUGAGGGGAGUCGCACCUGGGUCUGAUCUGCUGUAAGGUGUCCAGUCUACCUCAAGGGGUCAUCAUGGCCAACUGUCCCGAGAAACCCCGCCAUCGCCACACACACUGGAAGGUGUAUCUGCCCCAGCCCUGCCCCCGCCUUUCCCAUAAUCACCAAGAACUCCUAGUGCAAAUUGGAUGCUGCUUUAAAUGUGAAAACAAUUGUUCAAAAGCUAUAAAACCUGAAUGAAAGCUAAAGCUGAAUUUAUAAGCCUUGUUGCAUAUGAGCCAAAAGUGCAAAAAGCUCUAUAUAAUGUACUAAUACUAACCUGCCACUCGUAUAAAUAUAAAUAUAUAUAAAUAUAUUAAAAUCAGACUGUUCUACAAAAUUGUGUAUUUGUAUUUUUGUGUACGUACAAUUUUCUGCUAAGCAGAAGGAGGAUGUAGUAUAGGAUGCUGUGAGAAGAGAUUUGGUUUAAUCCUAUUUCUUUGUUACUUAUUUUUGUUAACAUCAGAUGCCUGUCUUUGUCUUAUGUGUAUGACACUGUCGGGGAAGCUGCAGUAUCUCUCCUCCUGGGGUCCAGAGUCUACAGAGAAGGAAGUCUGGGGUUGAGAGUGGUCUGGACCACCCAGUAGAGACAUGGGCAGAGCUGGGCCCCUGCUGCCCGGGAGCCACCCGGGGCCUGAGGUGGGGGCCGAGGGAGGGCAUGGCCCCAUGGCUGGAAAUCGGCUUCCCGAGCCAGAGACCAUAAGGCACCAGCAGGCUCUCCACCAGGCCCAUGGGUGGGGGCGCAGGACCUCUUUAUCUCUGGGCCGGAAGUCUGCCUGGAAAGCUGUAGGGGCUGUGCCAGGCUGUGGUGCCCAGCCUACUGGUGUCCCUGGGCGCCCCAUCCUUCUGGCUGCCUUCCACAGAUCAGGUUACCCACAUGCCUUCCCUUUGCUGAACUGCUGGCGCUUCACCACCCAGACCUCCAGCCCCAGUUCCCUGGAGUGUCUCAGAACCCCCUUCCCCGGUGCUAACUUGCAAGAGGGGUAAAGAGCUGCCACUAUGGCCGAAGCCAGAAGCCAGCCCUCGGAGAGGCCAGGCCAGAAGACACGUUGUGGGAGCCCAGGCCCGGCCCCCUGACAGCCCCUCCUGAUGAGGCCCUCCUGACGUGGACCUCCUCUAGGGAGAGCGAUACUGCACCUUCACCCGUGGGACUCAUAUUUAUAACAAUGUGUAAUGACUGUAGCAAAAAGCCCUUGUUUCUAGCUAUAAAUGGUCAAAGAAACAAGCGCUCUAUUAAUUAAAAUAGUUCAAAUGAGUCCUGUAUCAUUGUAUCUCCUAUUCUGGAUUAGUGCCUUUUGGACAGUAGACUGUUCUGUAAUUAAAAUGUAGUAUACUGCUUUUUUGUACAGUUUUGUUUUAAUAAAACUUUUUUUUAA